AUGGAGAUUCUUGAGGCAGCGCGGAGGGAAUACCAUGAGGACAACGCGCAGCCGGACCAAGGCCGAUGGGAGGCUGCCAAAGCACUGUUUGUGGAAGUGGUGGAGACAAGCAAGACGAAACUCGGAAAGGACCACCCCAACACACUGACCAGCAUGUGUAAUCUCGCCUUCAUAUGGAAGGGACAGGGUCAUUAUGCGGAAGCUAUACAACUCAUGAAGGAAUGUGUGAAACUACGCAACCGCAUUUUAGGCGUUAGCCAUCCGCAUUGCAUGUCUUCUUUGAAAGCGCUAGCUGGAUGGGAGGUGAAGCAAGCAGACGUUGCUGUCUCGAAUUGGGAUAGUUAA